CUUAACUGUUUUGCACUUCUCCAUCCUCCAUAUAUAAAUACACACCUUAUCUCUCUCUAUCUCUUUCUCUUUAAAUCUCCGUCUUCUUCUAUUUCUUCUUUCUUCUCUCUAUCUUUUAUCUUUCUUUUCUUUUAAUCCAAUUUUACCUUUUCUUUUUUAUCAUAUCAAAUGCAAUAACAUAUACUUUCCAACCAUAGCUAUAUUUCAGAAGAACAAGAAGCUGUUCAAGAAAAGAUUAAUGGCGCUCCAUCACUUAUGGAACGCCAUCGUUUUACUUCUUUUCUUCUCUCCUUUCUGUCUUGGUAUCAGAUCUCUUGCAAGAUAUGCUUCUACUACUAAAACUACUGCAACUUCUUCUUCAGGGGUUGGAUUGGAAUUUCAUCAUCUGCUACGCUACUCUGAAGCGCCGGACUACCGUAACGGCAUGGACUGCUCAUCUACUCUUUCACCAUCUUCUGUUUGUGACCCUUCGUUAGUUCACGUGGCUAUGACCCUUGAUUUUGAGUACUUGCGUGGUUCAAUCUCAGCGGUUCAUUCUGUUCUCAAGCAUUCUUCUUGUCCUGAAAAUGUCUUCUUUCAUUUCAUUGCUGCUGAGUUUGACUCGCUCUCACCUAGAGUUCUGAGUCAACUCGUCCGAUCCACUUUCCCUUCUUUAAACUUUAAGGUUUACAUUUUUCGAGAAGACACGGUUAUUAACUUAAUCUCUUCUUCUAUCCGUAGCGCGUUAGAAAACCCAUUAAACUACGCCCGAAAUUAUUUGGGUGAUAUACUUGACCCGUGUGUAAACCGAGUCAUUUACCUUGAUUCGGAUCUUAUUCUAGUUGAUGAUAUCCACAAAUUAUGGAAUACAACUCUUUCAUCAACUCACAUUAUCGGAGCUCCGGAGUAUUGCCAUGCUAAUUUCACAACAUACUUCACCAACACAUUUUGGUCAAAUCAUGGACUCAAAUCUUUGGCUUUCGGGUCAACGAGCCGAAAACCAUGUUAUUUCAAUACGGGUGUAAUGGUUAUGGAUUUGAAGAAAUGGAGGGAAGGAAAUUACGGGAAGAAGAUUGAAUCAUGGAUGGAAAUACAGAAGAAAAAGAGGAUAUAUGAGUUGGGUUCAUUACCACCAUUUUUGUUAGUGUUUGGUGGAAAAAUAGAACCAAUUGAUCAUAGAUGGAAUCAACAUGGAUUAGGAGGAGAUAAUGUAAGAGGUUCAUGUAGAUCUUUACAUCCAGGACCUGUAAGUUUGUUGCAUUGGAGUGGUAAAGGUAAACCAUGGGUUAGACUUGAUGGAAAUAAACCAUGUCCGUUGGAUCAUUUGUGGGAACCCUAUGAUUUGUUCAAAGGAAUAGAGGUAGAUGAUGAUCAUCAAAAUCAGCAAUUUGUUUCUAGCUUUGCUUCUAAUUCAUUAAUUGGUUGGUUGUAGUUUCUAUUCAUUUCCAUUUAAUUUCAUUUUUAUUUAUUGUGAACAAAAAUAUUGGAAAAAGAAAGAACAAAUUAAUUCUUUUGUAGAAGGGUAGAUGGGGAGGAUGUACAGUUGAGUGUUGACAGAUUGCAUUUAAUCGGUAUAUUGGUUUUUUUUUUUUUUUUUUUUUUUUUUUGAAUUUAAAGUAACGUUAUACUCCUAUUAUUUUCAAUUCUGGGUUCCUUUAUUUGGGAACCAAAUUUUGAGAUCUAUUGUUUUUUUGGUUUUGAUUGAAAAAUAAAUGAUAGAUGUAGAAUUUUGUGCUGG